AUGCGGGAAGUUCAGCUGAUUAACGCAUUGGAUGCGGUAUCGAAGACAGUUAAUGGUAUUUUUCUGGUGGAUUACCGUCACUACCACUUAAAACCAUGUGUCAUCGAGGUCGUCAUUAUUAUCUCGAUACUUUAUAAACCAUACCUAACUAGUUACAAGUCUGCUCGGGAGUUGAACUACGCCCCCCUGCGCAGCGACUUCAUUUGCGCGGCCAGAACCCAGCACUCUGUAUAG